UUUGAAGAGCCGCGCAGGCGCAGAAAGGCUCGGGACCGGGCCCUGUAUCCGCGACACGGAGCUCCGGGAUCUGUCUGAAAUGGCAGAGGUGGAGGAGACACUGAAGCGACUUCAGAGCCAGAAGGGGGUGCAAGGGAUCAUCGUGGUGAACACAGAAGGCAUUCCCAUCAAGAGCACCAUGGACAACCCCACCACCACACAGUACGCCAACCUCAUGCACAACUUCAUCUUGAAGGCUCGGAGCACCGUGCGCGAAAUUGACCCACAGAACGACCUCACCUUCCUUCGAAUUCGCUCCAAGAAAAAUGAGAUUAUGGUUGCACCAGAUAAAGACUAUUUCCUGAUUGUGAUUCAGAAUCCAACUGAAUAAGCCUUCCCUUGGCUCUGCACCAUUCCUUAAUUUAAUGCCCCUGUGAGUAAUAGUGUUAAUGGUGUCAGCCAGCUGGCCUGUAGAAAUUGGCUUGGAACCCACUCACUCAAACCAAUCCAUGACCAAAGGUGGGCUGCCAGCUCGGCCCCCCUCCCCGCCCCCUGCACUGGCCACUCCUGGAGAGGCCCUUGUGACUCACUUCCGGUUGGGAGCGAGAGCUCGUGAGAAUUCCAGACCCAGCUUCCUCCUGACCUUCAGAUCACUCUGUCACCCUUGGAAAAGGCUGUUUUUCUUUAACUAAAAAUAACUGAGAUGCUUA